AUGAGUUCGACUACCCCAACAGAUGAUGGCCUUGAUGACAAAAGCAGAGCAGCGGUAUUGUUAGGCUUACAAGAAAUAGUGCAGAGGCAAAAAGAAAACGUUAAAGUCAUGGACAUUUGCUUCAACAAGUGUGUCCCCAAAAUAGGACACCAGCUGAGCUCCACAGAACAGAAGUGCAUUUGGUGCUGCGCAAGUAGCUAUUUCUACACCAACGUCUUUCUGAACGAGCGAUUGCAACAAAUGACGAAGCUUCUCAAGUCCAGCACCGAUUAUAUGAAUUUGUAG